UUAUUAAGCCUACAUUUUGUAUAAACAUUGGUAUAUAUUAUUUUCUGUAAGGUUUCAAAUAAGUAGUCAUUUAGAAGAUCUUAUUUUUGGCAGACGGUAUUUUCAUACGCCGACAGCGUUGUUUCCUUUCCAACCGGCGUGUUUCACUAAGAAGCCGCAUCCCGAUUGAACAGAACAGAAUUUUCCUGAAACUUGGAAAAAUUUAAUUGAACAAAGAUGCCUGAACAACAGACAGUGGAAACUGAGGCGGAGACCUUUGCCUUCCAGGCCGAGAUUGCUCAGCUGAUGAGCUUGAUCAUCAACACAUUCUACUCCAACAAAGAAGUCUUCCUCAGAGAGUUGAUUUCAAACGCCUCGGACGCCCUGGACAAGAUCAGAUAUGAAAGCUUGACAGAUCCUUCCAAACUGGACACUGGAAAAGAUCUUUACAUUAAAAUCAUUCCUGAUCGUGAGAGGGGUACACUGACCCUUAUUGACACUGGUAUUGGAAUGACAAAGGCUGACUUGGUUAACAACCUGGGUACCAUUGCCAAGUCUGGUACAAAGGCUUUCAUGGAGGCUCUGCAAGCAGGUGCUGAUAUUUCCAUGAUUGGUCAGUUUGGUGUGGGUUUCUACUCUGCCUAUCUUGUUGCCGAUAAGGUGACCGUCAUCUCUAAGCACAAUGAUGACGAAAUCUACACAUGGGAGUCCUCUGCUGGUGGAUCCUUUACAAUUCGGCCAAAUACAGAAGCCCCUUUUGAGCGAGGCACAAUGAUCAUCCUGACCAUCAAGGAGGACCAGGCAGAGUACCUGGAGGAGAAGCGUAUCAAGGAGGUGGUGAAGAAGCACAGCCAGUUUAUUGGCUACCCCAUCAAGCUGGUCUGUGAGAAGGAGCGGGAUAAGGAGGUCUCUGACGAUGAGGAGGAGGAGAAGAAAGAAGAGAAGGAUGGAGAGGAAAAGUCUGAAGAUGACAAGCCCAAGGUGGAGGAUCUGGAAGAAGACGAUGAUGAAGACAAAGAGAAGGACAAGAAGAAGAAGAAAAAGAUCAAGGAGAAGUACAAUGAAGAUGAGGAGCUGAACAAGACCAAGCCUCUGUGGACCAGGAACCCAGACGACAUCACCAAGGAGGAAUAUGGAGAGUUCUACAAGUCCCUCACCAAUGAUUGGGAGGACCACCUGGCUGUUAAGCAUUUCUCCGUGGAAGGUCAGCUGGAGUUCCGUGCAUUGCUGUUUGUGCCAAAGAGAGCUCCGUUUGACAUGUUCGAAAACAAGAAGAAAAAGAACAACAUUAAAUUGUAUGUGAGAAGAGUGUUUAUCAUGGACAAUUGUGAGGAACUGAUCCCUGAGUACCUGAACUUCGUUAAGGGUGUUGUGGACAGUGAGGAUCUUCCACUGAACAUUUCAAGAGAAAUGCUUCAGCAGAGCAAAAUCUUGAAAGUUAUUCGUAAAAAUCUGGUGAAGAAAUGUAUGGAGCUCUUUGAUGAUAUAUGUGAAGAUAAAGACAAUUACAAGAAGUUCUAUGAACAGUUUGCCAAGAACCUGAAGCUGGGAAUCCACGAAGAUUCAACAAACAGGAAGAAGUUGGCCGGUUUUCUGCGCUACUACACAUCCCAGUCUGGUGAUGACCUCACCGGGCUGAAAGACUACGUAUCAAGAAUGAAGGAAAACCAGAAAGACAUCUACUAUAUUACAGGUGAAAGCAAAGAAGCAGUGCAGUCCUCUGCCUUUGUGGAACGCGUGAUCAAGCGUGGGUUUGAAGUUGUUUACAUGACAGACCCCAUAGAUGAAUACUCAGUUCAGCAGCUGAAGGAGUUUGACGGCAAGAACCUGGUCUGUGUAACCAAGGAGGGUCUGGAGCUGCCUGAAGAUGAGGCAGAGAAGAAGAAACGAGAGGAACAAAAGGCAGAGUUUGAGGGACUCUGCAAGGUCAUGAAGGAAAUCUUGGACAAGAAGGUGGAAAAGGUGACAGUAUCCAAUCGCCUGGUGAACUCUCCCUGCUGUAUAGUCACGAGCCAGUACGGCUGGUCAGCCAACAUGGAGAGGAUCAUGAAGGCCCAGGCCCUAAGGGACUCGAGCACCAUGGGCUAUAUGGCAGCCAAGAAACAUCUAGAGGUCAAUCCAGACCACUCUAUCAUCAAGGCCCUCAAGGAUAAGGUUGCUGCAGACAAGAAUGACAAGUCAGUCAAGGAUCUUGUGCUGCUCAUGUUUGAGACUGCCCUCCUGGCCUCUGGCUUUUCACUUGAGGACCCCACCCAACAUGCCAACAGAAUCAACAGAAUGAUCAAGCUUGGUCUAGGUAUUGAUGAGGAAGACAUUGCUGCCCCCACUGAUGCAGGAGAUGCUACCACAGAAGACAUGCCACCCCUCGAAGGGGAGGAGGACGAUGCAUCACGCAUGGAGGAAGUCGACUAAAUACACAUAAAUGUGCCAUCAAAGACUUUUUGUGGAGGUGGCCCAGAGUGGGGCUGUUGUCAAGCUGUUGUUUAUAGCAUCAUACCAUCAUGUUUUUUGGCUUUGGUUUUUACAUUAUGUUCAUGUCGAUGUUGAGUUUAUCAUUUGAAGUAUCAUUAAUACUAGCAUAAUGUUUACAAAUUUGAAACAGUGCGUAUGUGCUUCAGUCUUAACAUUAUAAAUGUUGUUUGAGACCGAAAAGUUCUCAUCAUUAAACCAAGCUAAUUUCAGUAUCAGUUUUGUUCUGUUCAAUCUGUGAUUAUUUUGUAUAAAAAGCAUUUGUUUGCUUUCCAAUAAAAAAGAAAAAAAACUCAUGAAGAAUGAUUUCAAACUUUAGUGUUUUGAUUGUUUCUGUAGUGUAUGUACUUCAGUUUCUUCAAAAUGUGUUUGAAUGUUUUCUUCUAUGAUAAAAUAAAACAGUUAAAUUA